AUGAUGAUGAUGGUGCUGCUGAUGGUGGUGUUGGUGUUGGAGGAUGACUUGGCCGAGCUGGCCUCCCAGCAGUACUUUGUGGACUACGGCUCUGAGAUGAUCCUGGAGCGCCUCCUGAACCUCGUGCCCACCUACAUCCCUGACCGCGAGAUCACGCCCCUGAGGACGCUGGAGAAGUGGGCCCAGCUGGCCAUUGCUGCCCACAAGAAGGGGAUUUAUGCCCAGAGGAGAACUGAUGCCCAGAAGGUCAAAGAGGAUGUGGUCAACUAUGCCCGCUUCAAGUGGCCCUUGCUCUUCUCCAGGUUUUACGAAGCCUACAAGUUCUCAGGCCCCAGCCUCCCCAAGAACGACGUCAUCGUGGCCGUCAACUGGACGGGCGUCUACUUCGUGGACGAGCAGGAGCAGGUGCUUCUGGAGCUGUCCUUCCCCGAGAUCAUGGCCGUGUCCAGCAGUAGGGGAGCGAAACUGGUAGCCCCCAGCUUUACGCUGGCCACCAUCAAGGGGGAUGAGUACACCUUCACCUCCAGCAAUGCUGAGGACAUCCGUGACCUGGUGGUCACCUUCCUGGAGGGGCUCCGAAAGAGGUCUAAGUAUGUGGUGGCCCUGCAGGACAACCCCAGCCCUGCGGGCGAGGAGUCAGGCUUCCUCAGCUUUGCCAAGGGGGACCUCAUCAUCCUGGACCAUGACACAGGAGAGCAGGUCAUGAACUCAGGCUGGGCCAAUGGCAUCAAUGAGAGGACCAAGCAGCGUGGGGACUUCCCCACCGACUGCGUGUAUGUCAUGCCCACUGUCACCAUGCCACCGCGGGAGAUUGUGGCCCUGGUCACCAUGACCCCCGACCAGAGGCAGGACGUUAUCCGGCUCUUGCAGCUGCGAACGGCAGAGCCUGAGGUGCGCGCCAAGCCCUACACGCUGGAGGAAUUUUCCUACGACUACUUCAGGCCCCCACCCAAGCACACGCUGAGCCGCGUGAUGGUGUCCAAGGCCCGCGGCAAGGACCGGCUGUGGAGCCACACGCGGGAGCCGCUCAAGCAGGCGCUGCUGAAGAAGAUCCUGGGCAGCGAGGAGCUCUCGCAGGAGGCCUGCAUGGCCUUCAUCGCCAUGCUCAAGUACAUGGGUGACUACCCGUCCAAGAGGAUGCGCUCCGUCAAUGAGCUCACAGACCAGAUCUUCGAGGGUGCCCUGAAGGCUGAGCCCCUCAAGGACGAGGUGUACGUGCAGAUCCUGAAGCAGCUGACUGACAACCACAUCAGGUAUAGUGAGGAGCGGGGCUGGGAGCUGCUCUGGCUGUGCACAGGGCUCUUCCCGCCCAGCAACAUCCUCCUGCCGCAUGUGCAGCGCUUCCUGCAGUCCCGCAAGCACUGCCCACUCGCCAUCGACUGCCUGCAGCGGCUCCAGAAAGCCCUGAGAAACGGGUCCCGGAAGUACCCCCCGCACCUGGUGGAGGUGGAGGCCAUCCAGCACAAAACCACCCAGAUUUUCCACAAGGUCUACUUUCCCGAUGACACAGACGAGGCCUUCGAGGUGGAGUCCAGCACCAAGGCCAAGGACUUCUGCCAGAACAUCGCCGCCCGGCUGCUCCUCAAGUCCUCCGAGGGAUUCAGCCUCUUUGUCAAAAUUGCAGAUAAGGUCAUCAGCGUUCCUGAGAAUGACUUCUUCUUCGACUUUGUACGACACCUGACGGACUGGAUAAAGAAAGCACGGCCCGUCAAGGAUGGAAUCGUGCCCUCGCUCACCUACCAAGUGUUCUUCAUGAAGAAGCUGUGGACCACCACGGUGCCAGGGAAGGACCCCAUGGCCGAUUCCAUCUUCCACUAUUACCAGGAGUUGCCCAAGUAUCUCCGAGGCUACCACAAGUGCACGCGGGAGGAAGUGCUGCAGCUGGGGGCACUCAUCUACAGGGCCAAGUUUGAGGAGGACAAGUCCUACUUCCCCAGUAUCCCCAAGCUUCUACGGGAGCUGGUGCCCCAGGACCUCAUCCGGCAGAUCUCGCCUGACGACUGGAAGCGGUCCAUCGUCGCCUAUUUCAACAAGCACGCAGGGAAGUCCAAGGAGGACGCCAAGCUGGCCUUCCUGAAGCUCAUCUUCAAGUGGCCCACCUUCGGCUCAGCCUUCUUCGAGGUGAAGCAAACUACAGAGCCAAACUUCCCUGAGAUUCUCCUAAUCGCCAUCAACAAGUAUGGGGUCAGCCUCAUUGAUCCCAGAACCAAGGACAUCCUGACCACUCACCCCUUCACCAAGAUCUCCAACUGGAGCAGCGGCAACACCUACUUCCACAUCACCAUCGGGAACCUGGUGCGCGGGAGCAAACUUCUCUGUGAGACGUCACUGGGCUACAAGAUGGAUGACCUCCUGACUUCCUAUAUUAGCCAGAUGCUCACGGCCAUGAGCAAACAGCGGAGCUCCAGAAGUGGCAAGUGAACAGUGGGGAGGUGGUGCUGGCUCUGUGCCUGCCUCUAGGCAGCAGCUGGCUCAGGACCAUCAGCUACCUCUGCAGCCAGGGGAAGACCUUUGCCAUCGAGGCAGGGAGGCUGGGCCGGCUGGCCACCACUGACUGUACCAUCCUGGCCUCUGAGCCUUCUUCCGGUGCAGCGGCCUUGCCGGGAUGCAGAACUCCCCUCCACCCCUGAAGCACCCGGUUGGUUCUAGUCCUGGCUUGCUGUGGCCUUCCCAGUUGUAAAACCCUGCGCUCCUUGGAUGCCGUUCUUAGCUCAGACUAGCCCUACUAUGUGACCUCUUUUGACUUUCUGUGCACCACCAGGAAAGGUAACCAAGAGGACUACCUAGUUCAUGCUGGGAACAACCAACCAAGAUUCUUCUGAAGCCUAAGGGACUGGCUUCAUUCCCCUAAGUCCAGGAGCCUCAGCUGGGGUGAGGGAGACAGACCACUUUUAUAUAUUACAGUGUGAGUGAGUGCUAAGCCCCUGCUCGAGGCUCCCCUGAUCACCUCAGGCAUAAAGCAUGUGUUCCAUCUU